AUGUGCAUAACGGAUAUAUAUACUGGCACUUUAUCCACGCUGAUACUUGCCAAUGUUGCCCUCGCAUCUUACCGUCUCAACAACAACGAGGGAAGAGCAAGUCUCCAGGGGCUGGCAGGCAGCGUAGCUGGUCUGUUCAGAGAUCAAACCAGUGGCCCGCAAGACAACAAGGGACUUGUGCUUACUUUCCUCCCUGUUUAUGUGCUUGUAGUGGCUUCAGACUGGAUGCAGGGCCCCUAUUUCUUCCCGUUGUACAAGGAAACUCUUCAGCUGCAUGACCAUGUCAUUGCAACGCUCUUUGCUACGGGGUUCGUUUCUGGGGCAUUCAGUGCCUCAUUCGUAGGCAAGCUUGCCGAUGUUUACGGACGUCGAAAAGCGUGUCUGGCGUUCUGUCUAAUAUACAGCCUAUCUUGCAUCAUGACAACCUCGUCAUCGAACGUCUUUAUUCUUUUUCUUGGGCGAGUCCUUGGGGGUAUUGGGACGACUUUACUCUUUACGGUCUUUGAAGCAUGGCUUGUGGCCGAAUAUCAUCACAGAAAGGCUGCGAACGAUCCAGCAGAGCUAAACCAGAUAUUGGGGACAAUGACCGUCCUGAGUGGAAUGGUUGCAGUUUUGUCUGGGCUUGUGAGCAAUUACCUUGUCUCGAUAACGGGUUCUAGAAGAGCUCCAUUUCUCGCGAGCCCCGUCUGUCUCUUGCUGGCCUUUUUUCUAAUUUUGGGAACAUGGAAUGAGAAUUAUCUUGGUAAUUCCGAUGGCUCCGUAUCGGAGGCUACGGAGGGCCAACAGAGUGCUAGGAUAUCGACUAUAAUUAGGGAUACCCGUAUCAUGACACUAGGGUUCACUACUAUGAUAACUGAGGGAUCUAUGUACCUCUUUGUCGCUUUCUGGUCACCUGCAAUCAUUGCAGCCAGCAAGGAUGACGGUAUGUCUAACAGCCCACCAUUCGGGGUUAUCUUUGCUAGCUUCAUGACUGCCAUGAUGUUGGGGUCUCAGGUAGCAUCUCAGCUCAUGGUCUCACCUCCUUCGCGAGAGGAUUCGCCGCCAGCUCCUUCAUCAUCAUCGUCGUCGUCACCAUCACCAGAGCCACGAGGCUAUCCAUCAUACGAUGUCAAUAGCAUUAGUGUAUCCCGAUCCUCUCGUCUACUUACCAUCCUUUUAUUCCUAGGGAGUAUGAGCUUAAUCUGUGCCGUUGUAUUCCCGACUACGUUGCUCACUCUCUUUGCGUUCUGUGUCUAUGAAUUCAGCAUUGGACUAUACUACCCGAAUAUGGGUGUACUCAAAAGCGUCAUGAUCCAGGAUAAGGAUCGAGCAGGGAUAUAUGCUCUAUUUCGAUUGCCGUUAAACUGCUUUGUUGUUGCCGGCCUGGCUUUCACCACAGAAGGUGAGACAUGCGUUCCAGGAUAA